UUCAGGGAAAGCAACAGAGGUGCACUCAAGUGUUAAACUAUCUGACAAUGGAUGUGAAGCAUGGGGAAACCAAGACAGAGUCGGCAGAAAAAUGGUAAACUGAAGUUGGACUUUUAGUACAUUAAACAUGGAUGGACCUGCAAGCGGAACGGUAGAACCUCAAGAGACCGAUGGCACACAGAACCGAGCCAAGGAUGAAGUGGACAGGGUCUCGCAUGUGUCCGAGGCUCCUGUGGAAGGGGAUGUUGUGGAGACUGGAGCACAGACCUCCAGGGACAGCCGGAAACUGGACUGCAUCAUCUGCUACAGUGCGUAUAAUCUGGGAGAGAGACUCCCGCGCAAACUCUACUGUGGUCACACGUUCUGCCAGGCCUGUCUGAAGCGGCUGGACACCCUCAUCAAUGAGCAGACGUGGAUCCCGUGUCCACAGUGCCGGCAGAACACUCCUCUACCUCGCAGCGGUGCCACUGGACUAGACCUAGACCUGGCAGCAUUUCUGGGUGUUAAAGCUGAAGUGGAAAACCAGCGAACCUACAGCCAGCAAGCACCGCUUGAGACCAAGCCCUCCUUUAUAAAGCAGCCAAUCACAGAUCAACCACCCUCAGCCUGGGCCAAUGUGGCAGUAGCAGAACGUCGCCUCCACAGAAACCAUUGUUGCAAGCACUGCCUGCUCUGCUGCUGGUGGUGCUAGAUUCAGUCACAUACCAGCUAUCAAUCUCUUUCUGCUGGGGAUGGUGCACAGACUCUAUGACAGUGAGAUUUAAAAAAAAAAAUAAAUACAUAAAAAAAUUCACAACGGAUAUCCCACUGUCCAGAAACCAUUAAAAAAUUGCCAUUGCAAAAUUGCAUUUUAUUUAGGUACCCAAAUGGAUCAGUAAUAUGACAAAUUUUGCAAAACUCAGCGUUCAAAACUGGAGUCGGAUAUAUGGACAUGAAAGACCUUUAAUAUGAUGAAGAUUUAAGAAUAGACAUACUGAAUUUCAGAUCUUCGACCAUCCACUAGAAUGCUUGUUACUACACAUUUGAACUGACAGUCAGCUCCCAUUUUAAAGAUCUCCUGAGUUGUUUUCCAGCUCUUUAAAACUAAACCAAAAAAAAAAACUUGUAUAAAAAUUCUUAAUGAAAA